CUUUUUCCAGCAAUCAAGCAUAAAUGAAAAGACUGUACUUCGACUUACCAAGAGGUACAUAUUUGUUUAGCAGUACUCAAAACUUUAGUUGUUUAAAAUCUCUUGCAAUUUUUCAUGUACAGGUUGGUAUCUUUUAUGGAAAAGAAUUUUAAGAAUAUAAUGGAUAUUUCUUUCAACCAUGAUGAGCAACCUAUAAGAAACAAUUGUAAUAUGUAUGCUAUUAAAAAAUUAAAGAACCCACAGAGCAUCCAAAAUAGAUUGAAACAAUUCGCAAAAAAGCAGUUUCGCAGCAAAGAAAGGUUACAGAUAAACACCAGUCAACAGUUAAAGAGACAAAAGUACACGGCUGCGAUGAAAGCUGCGAGUUUAAAAAUCGAAAGCUAUGUCGCCAAGGGUGUUCUGGAUGAGUUUUUUGCGUAUGAAAAGAAAAGGAACAGGCUUAUUAUUAAAGACGAACCAUUCCUAGUUGUGCGUCAGAAAAAAUAUGUUCACCUCUUUCUCAUCAUGUAUUUCGCUUACCUCAACAAACUGAUUAACGAAAAGUUGCCCACAAUUCUGGGUAAUCAGUGGAGAAACAGAAAUAUUGGAUAUAAUGUGUUCAUAGAAAAGGUGCUUCUGGAAAAUGUCUUUGGAUCUAUAAAAGAUAAUUUUUUGAUCGAAAGUGGUUUACUUUUCAACACAGACGACCGUAAAAGAGUACGUUUUUCUACUCGAGGAGAAGGAAUACUACCCCCAAUUCAAAAUAAGCUUAAUUUGGAGCUUCCUCUCCAAACGUAUUUUGUCACAGCCCAGCUACAUUUAUCAUAUAUACAAGUUACCUUGCAUAAAGUUGUUAGGAUUACGUCGGUGUCAGAUUACGCAUCCACUAUUAUUGUCGGUGAUAAGACUUUACGGAUCGAAAAUGUGGUCGACUCUAUAUGCAAAUAUAUAUGGGAGCAUGCCAAAAGCAGUGGUGGCAUCAAUCGCUGUAGUUCUAGGGACAUGAACGAGUGCUCUCAAUGUGAUAUAUUUUCGCUAAAAAAGUUAAAUGAUGUUAUGGAAAAGUUAAAAGCUUACAUUUCAGAAGUUUUUGCAUCAAGCAACAACAAAUUGAUUAUGGAUCACAAAAAAAGCGUAAAUAUUAGUAGUACGUGUGAUUGUUGUAUUCAGAUGUCCCUUCGUGAUACUAUUGAUAUCGGCAUAAAGCCAACAAUACAAAAUCUCACGGAUACAAUAGCAGCAUCCAUAGUGAACACCGAUCUAUUUGGAAACUAUGUAAUAGAUCAUGUAUUUGUUUUUGAAGAACUAUUUGGAUUGCCUUAUGAUACUCCGCUUGGGACGGCUUACAUAAAAGUUAUACAGGAAUCUCUUGAUAACAGCAUGGAAUUGAAAGAAAAAGACACGCAAGGUUAUUUCCUAAAAGAAAGCGUGUAUCAACUAUUAAAACCCAUCAAAGGAACCAAACCGUACAUGUAUGAUAGUUUUAUCAUGGGUGAUUUGCAGCAAGUUUCAAGCGAAACGUAUGCGUUAUAUAUUGGAUCUGAUACGUAUGAAGAGCAUGGUCAAGUCUCUCUAACUUGGAAACACCCGAAGGAUGGUACAACAGUUACAGUAAAGGGGGAUACCUCAGCCAUAGUCAUAAUUGAAAAGGGCCAGAGGAUUCCAAACACAGGAGUAUUUGUACAUUUUGAUAUUGAAAUCGAAAAUGAAAACAUAAACGAUGAUGAUGAUAAUGGUUGUGUAGAAUUGAGGUUGAUAAGGAUUACUUCCUCCGACGCAUUAGAUCGAAGUGUUCCGUUGGACGCAAUCUCUUAUGAUGAAUUAACUGGGUUUAUGAACUUUUUUGGGGCGCAUGUUCCUCCUGUUACUCUAAAAAUUGACCCCGUUAGUUUCAACUCUUCCCUUUAUUUUUCGAUAGAUAGUACCAGUUGUGUUGAGUAUGGACGAUGUAGUUUAAUUCCGGAUAUAACCUCAGAAGAGCGUUUAACACUGGCUUACUUCUAAACAAUAAAAGCCUGCUAAAUGACAGUUCAAUAAUUGUACGGUGUGACAAUCAUAUAAUUCUAUGAAAACGAUUUUUUAUU